CCCCAAUAAUUUUUUCAAAGAUGGUUAUGACAAGUUAAGAAAAACGUUUUGUCUUAUGUCUAAAGACCAUUUGUUAUAUAUAAACAAACUAAACACUUAUUGAGAAUGAUUUAUAACCGAUUUCCACUCUUUUAUUUAUUUAAAACGCGUGACUCUUAUACUUGCUGCAUGGAAAUGAUGAUGAAAUUGGAUGGAAACUACAUUCUGAUAGUGUUUGCUGCAUGGAAAUGAUGAUGAAAUUGGAUGGAAACUACAUUCUGAAAAUAGUGUUUGUGAGAAGACGAGAACGAGUUGGACUGACUUCAAAAAAAAAACAAAAAAAAAAACGUGUAAGAAUAUAGAAUUAACAAAGUAACAGACUAAUUUGAAAAAGAGUGAAAAUGCCGAAGAAAACAAGUGAUUUAUCAAAAUGGCUCAUUAGACCUGAAAAGCGAACAAACGAAGAAGCAACAACAACACCUACAACGACGACACCUACAACGACAGCACCAACAAACCCGGAGAAUAAUUUUAAGGAAACAACGAGUGAUCCAUCUAAACCGAACCAACCUCGUUCUUUGAGUUUUCCAAAAACAACGUUUGGUAAAGAUCCGAAACAAAGAUCGUUUAACCCAGAGGAAACACACAGCGAGUUAAAUUCGAACUUCCACCAGUUACUUUUACUUCGAUGUGAAGAUGAUAAGAAACUGAGUGCAUGGCUUGCAAAAAAGCAAAACUACACGUCACCGGCUAUUCAAAACGAAAUGCUGCGAAUCGAAGCACUUAGUAUUUUACGUGACAUUGCAAAAAAUAUUCAGUCAGCUGAGAUUUUCACAAUCCUUGCAGAUGAAACAGGGGAUGUCUCAAAUACGGAACAACUUGUCAUUUGCAUUCGGUGGGUUGAUGAUGAAUUACAGGCUCACGAGCAAAGAUUCGAUCAACCUGAUUACAAGACAUACGUCAAUUUACAGGAAGUUCUUUUAAAAUCGAUCACUGGUCAGGAAUGGGAAAGUCAUCUAAAAGCAGUUUGUCGUUUCUACGAAGGAGAUAUCAACGAGUCACUUGCUAAAGUCCAAAUACCGCUACUCCCAGUCAUCGCAUCCAACCUUGGUUACGACAAAGAGAAAUUCAAAGUAACCGAUCUAAUCAAGCUGUUACAAAGUUUUGAUCAAUCUCAAAGAACUCUUCUAAGUGAAGUUGUCAAAAUAGCGAAAUUGUUGUUGGUAAUACCGUCCACAAACGCCAUCAGCAAAAGAUCGUUUUCUGCUUUGAAACGAGUCAAAACGUACCUUAGAUCAACAACCACGAAUUUACGUUUGAACAAUUUGAUGGUCCUCCAUAUUCAUACUGAUUCCGUUGACAAAAUGGAUUUAACUCAAAUAGGAGAUGAAUUUAUCGAUAAACACCAAAGCAGAAUAGACACUUUUGGCUAUUACAAUAGAUAACAUUUUUAGUCUUUUGUUCAUGAAAUUUAUGUAAACGUUUAUUCCCUGAUUUAAAAAAAAAACUCAGAAAACUGGAGCAAUUGUCUGUAUUUUCCUUUAUUUUCGUGAUUUCUAGUGAUUAAAUUUCUUUAAAAAGUACUCUCAAAAAGGCUGUUUUAGCCAAUCUAGCGCACUCAAAAUUCAAAAAUUUUUUGGCCCGUCGGCCCCAACCCUUUCGCGGGCCUCUUUAGACACUGAAACUAGGCUGGCCCCCCCAAAACGAAAUUCGUGGUUACGGCACUGAAAAUUAAAAAAAUACACUGCGUAUGCUCAGAUACAUUUCGGCGACGAACUCGCCGUCCAAUUCGUUCUAUCAGAAUCCCUCUUUAAUUGGAAUAAUUUCAACAACCACGGCCAAUGGGAAUUUAUUAACCAAUCAGAUUUUAAAAUUGCAAAAAAAAAAAAAAAAAAAAAGUUAAUGAGAAAAAAAAGUUUAGCUUUUCAAACCAAAAAAGUGCUGAAAUGCGGUUAAAGGCGCGUAAUCACCCUUAUCGAAAAAAUUAACAUAUCUAUUUUUUAUAUUUAUUUCAAAGUUCAGACGGAG